CCUUUCAGGAUUUUUUAACCUGGAUGUGACGCAUUAAAGUGCCCGACGGAAGUAGAACUGAAGGCGUUCUAAAAUGGCGAACCGAACAGUGAAGGAUGCUCAUAGCAUCCAUGGCACCAACCCUCAAUAUCUGGUGGAAAAGAUCAUUCGGACGCGAAUCUAUGAGUCCAAGUACUGGAAGGAGGAGUGCUUUGGCCUUACGGCUGAACUUGUAGUCGACAAAGCCAUGGAGUUAAGGUUUGUGGGUGGUGUCUAUGGUGGCAACAUAAAGCCAACUCCUUUUCUGUGUUUGACAUUGAAGAUGCUUCAGAUUCAACCCGAGAAGGAUAUCAUUGUAGAGUUUAUCAAAAAUGAAGAUUUCAAGUAUGUCCGCAUGUUGGGAGCACUUUACAUGAGGUUGACAGGUACUGCAAUUGAUUGCUACAAGUACUUGGAGCCCCUGUACAAUGACUAUCGAAAAAUCAAGAGCCAGAACAGAAAUGGGGAGUUUGAACUACUGCAUGUUGAUGAGUUUAUCGAUGAACUACUGCACAGUGAGAGAGUCUGUGAUAUCAUUCUGCCCCGGCUACAGAAACGCUAUGUGCUAGAGGAAGCUGAGCAGCUGGAGCCUCGGGUUAGUGCUCUAGAAGAGGACAUGGAUGACGUGGAGUCCAGUGAAGAGGAAGAAGAGGAGGAUGAGAAGUUGGAGAGAGUGCCAUCACCUGAUCACCGCCGGAGAAGCUACCGAGACUUGGACAAGCCCCGUCGCUCUCCCACACUGCGCUACAGGAGGAGUAGGAGCCGGUCUCCCAGAAGGCGGAGUCGGUCUCCCAAAAGAAGAAGCCCCUCCCCUCGCCGAGAAAGGCAUCGGAGCAAGAGUCCAAGACGUCACCGCAGCAGGUCCAGAGAUAGACGGCACAGAUCCCGCUCCAAGUCCCCAGGUCAUCACCGUAGUCACAGACACAGGAGCCACUCAAAGUCUCCUGAAAGGUCGAAGAAAAGCCACAAGAAGAGCCGGAGAGGGAAUGAGUAAUGGACUCAGUUUGGCUUUAGUCCAAAUGGCCUCCUAUGGAGUUGAAGGCAUCUGUCUAUGUGGAAGGAUUAAGACCUACUCCCCAGGCAGCUAUGAGAAUAUCUGCUUUUUUCUUUCUUACCAAGUUUCUCAACUUCUAUUUUUUUUUUUAAUGAAAGAGGUGCUGAGUUUUUUAUCUCUUUUUGAAUUGCAGUCCAUGUUUGGGGGAUAAUGC